GUAUGUGUACAUGUUUCUCAGCGUACUGCAUGUGCAUCAGAAGCUAAAUGUCUUUUUGUAUCUUUCCACAAUACCUCAAUGCUAUGAACACGUUUGUCUGGUAUGACAGAGAUAAUGGGAGGGAUCUUAAACCUGGGCUCACAUAUAACCAGAACCAACUCUUUCCAGCAUAACACUCUGGAAGAAACAAAAAGCAUCUAGCAUUGGGAGAACUGAAUACCUUUCAGAGGACAUUAUUUUUACCGUGACACAAGAACUCAAGUUACGACAUCAGGAUGUCCAACAAGAAAACAUGUUAAGUCUAAAAUGUCUUAUUAAAAGUGAAAUAAUCAAGGCUAAAUAGAAUUGAGCACUGUUUAAUGCUGAUUAGCUUUAAUUAUGUUUCUGCAGAAGCAGCUGCAAAAAUGUACAAUGAACCAGUGAUGGAGGAACUGUACACUGGAUACCUGCACAAGUCCCCCCCUCCAACGGCCCUGAAUAAAACUACUAAAUCAUGGAAGCGUCGUUUCUUUGUGCUCUCCAAAACACGUGAAGACUCCUACUAUCUGACAUAUCAUGAAAACGAAAAGAGAGACAAGACUUUGGGAGAGAUAGACCUUUCUAAGAUCAGCUUGCUGUUUAUUGGCCCUGAGGCACAUCAGAAGUGGGACUGGAUCCAGAAAAACUUCAAGUGUUUUCUAUCCAGUGUGCUGUUCUUAAAGGUGGAAGAUGAUACACUAAAACAAGCUAGAGAAUAUUUCCUCAUUGGAGAAAACAGGGAUGAAGUGGAGGGUUUGCACACUGCCAUAGACAAGGUAAUGAAGAUCCAGAAAUCACAAAAUAAACUGCAACAUACAGACGCUUCUAACCUACAGAAGGACAAGAAAUUUAGAUCACGGUCUGUACCUGUGAGCGCUUUAGAUCUAAAGUACAAGAGUUGGUCAACAUCUGAAUUAACUUCCCCACAACAAUACAAUCAUCAUGGCAAUCCUCUCAAGUACAGCGAACCUCCAAUACCAAUUACAGUUAUUGAGGAAAAAGAUGCGAAGGAAGGGAAGCAGGAUGAACCUCCAAGGGACAACAAUGAAUACAUGACCAUGGGAUCAGUGCAAAUGGUGUUGGAAGGUGGCCAACAGGAGGAUGACACUGCAUGCAAAAAGAAAACUGAAACACACACACAUGGUGAGAAGGAGAUCUUGACGCAGGAAGAAGGGAAACCAUGUGUGUCUCAGUCGCGUCAGAUUCAGGACUCAAGGGGAGAUCAGAUCCUGGCCACAGGCGGAGUAAAAAAUAUUCAGAAAUGCUUUAAAACUCUGAGCAAGAAUGAGGCAGAACUCCUAGUUCAGCAGUAUCCAAGCAUCUUUCUGAACCCUGGCCACCACACAUGAAACAAAAUCUAAUGCAAAUUCUCUCAUCCCCAUAAAAAAUAUUCAAAAUUUGUACACGUCUAAUUCAAGGUCAAGGGGUCAUUUGCUCAUAUAGGUGGAAAACACGGCGCUACUGGGUAACCGAAGAGGCAACCCGGUUAUCUAAAGUACCUUAUUCUCUCUUGCAUGUACAUUAAUCAUCUAAAUAUGUAUACAAAUGGCAAAUGUACAUGAAAUUGCAUGUGCCAGUGACAGUGGGUACUAUAUUUGUUUGUUUAGAGAACAAGAGUCAAGUAUUACUUCAUAACAGGUUUGAGAGUUACUCCACAGUGAAAAACUAGUUUAACUGUUCGUAUAUUUUAAAGCAGCACUUUACUAUGUAUGUACAUAAAACAUUUCUGUCACUGUGUGUUCUUUAUUUGUUUUGCAAUGCAUGUAACCAGUGACACGCUGCUCCCAAUCAUUAUGCACUGGUUUAAAUGUUCUCAAUAUGAAGAAUUGUUACACUGUGAAAUGUUAUUAAACUUCCCAUUUAACUGUU